CCACCAUUGAUGAGUUGAAUAAAACCAUUUUUCUCAUUUCAAAGAGUCCCCCAAAUCUCUCUCUUUCAAACCUCCCCUAACAUCAUCAUAUAACAAAGACACAUCUCUCACUUUCUCCACUUUCCCUUCAAUCACCUCACCUCACCUCACCUCCAUCAAAAUGAAGAAAAGGGUUAAAUAGUAAUUACAAAUAAACCCUUUUUCAAUUUCCAAAUCUCUAUAACUUCAAUCUCAACUCAAAGCAAGAAAUCCAGAAUUAGAAGGUUGUUUAUUUGGAAAUAGAUGGAUGUAGCAUGUUUAAUGAAGUUAGUAUUAAUGUUGUGGAUUACAUUAAUCACAUCAAUUAAAUCAGAUCCAAGCGAUGAAGCAUGUUUAACCCAUUUAAACAAAUCACUGCAAGACCCAAACAAAUCCUUAGAAAAUUGGAACGAAGCCACAUUCUCAAAACCCUGCAAUGAAUCAACCUCAACUCUCAAAGGAAUACUCUGCAACAAUGGCAGAAUCUACAAACUCUCGCUCAACAAUCUCUCUCUCCGUGGAACAAUCUCUCCCUUUCUCUCCAACUGUACCAAUCUUCAAACCCUAGACCUCUCUUCCAACUUCAUCACAGGACCAAUCCCUCCAGAGUUACAAUCAUUGGUGAAUCUUGCUGUGUUGAAUCUUUCAUCAAAUCGUCUUGAAGGUGAGAUUCCACCUCAACUCACAUUGUGUGCAUAUCUUAACAUAAUCGAUUUUCAUGAUAAUCUGCUUACUGGUCCAAUUCCUCAGCAAUUAGGGUUAUUGGUUCGCCUCUCGGCUUUCGAUGUAUCGAAUAAUAAACUCUCCGGUCCGAUUCCAGCGUCGUUAUCGAACCGGAGUAGUCCUAACUUACCCAGAUUUAAUGCAAGCUCUUUUGAAGGGAAUAAGGAUCUUUACGGUUAUCCGUUACCGCCGUUAAGAACUAAGGGUUUAUCUAUUAUGGCUAUUGUUUUAAUUGGAGUAGGAAGUGGAUUAGCGAGUCUUAUUAUAAGUUUUACUGGGGUUUGUAUUUGGUUAAAAGUUACUGAUCGGAAAGUUGCAUUAGAAGAAGGGAAAGUUAGUCAUCUUAUGCCUGAUUAUUGAAUGUUAAUCGAUUAUUAAUGAAGAUAUUUUUCAAUUGUUUUAUUAUCAUGUUAAUGGUUCUUUGUGAUGGUUCUCUGGCGGAGAGUUCUUGUAAUUAAUUCGAAGUUCAGUCGAGAGGUAAGUAAAAUUUAAUUAUAAUCGAACUCAGAUUCUUGUAAAGAAGUUGUCUAAAUCUGAGGCGUCUUUGAUUGUUGAUGGUUCAACUGAAAAGGUUAAGGAAAAAAAAUGCAGUACUAGUACCAGGUACUUUUUUUUGUUGCUCUUGUUGAUAAGAGUGAAGGUGUGGGCUACCUUUAUUUUCCUUGUACUUAUCAUGGGUUGUUCUGUUGUCUUUUAUCGAUCACGAGGGAUAUGUUUAUAUUAUUGUGUGUA